GGUAGGUAUUAGACGAUAUUAUACAAUUCAUUACACGAUGUCUCAAAGGGUGCUCUUUCAAUAACACAAUUGGCUGGAAUAGGAAUAGGAAUAGAAACAUGAACAUGAACAUGAACAUUCACUUCAGACACGGAUUAGCACCUACUUCGAUCUAUCCCAACCACAGGUUAUCAUAUCAAUCCAGUUAACCGAACUCCUCCCUUACAAUUAUUCCUAUGCAGUAUCUAGAUGAGAUGCUCGACGGGACUCUCGACUUCUGAUGAUAAGUCAUCUCGAUAUACACCUACCUGGGUACAAGAGCCUCCGAAGCUCUGCUUAUGUACUUUGUAGGGUGGUACGGUCCGUACGAGCGUGUUCUAUUCCCCAAACCCACGCAAGUCUACCCUUUGAACUUUAUUAGACCAAGACUUGUCCAAUUAAUACGUGCCUGGCGCUGGCUCUGGCUUGGCUCGGUCUGGCCCCUCCCGUUGCUAAGAAGAAACGUCAACGCCAACAAAAAACUCAACACGGGUGGUGGGUACAACUGCUUGCUGACUAAGAUCGACUUCGAUAAAGAAAGGGUGGGUUUCCUUGCCCUUGAUAGCUCCAUACUUUCCCAUGGAGAUGGAGAUUCAACACCGUAUUCAUAUGGCGAGUUACAGCCGGUGACACUUUCGCAGCGAUUUGCUGCUUCAUAACAAUCCCUUCACCAACAAACACAAGUACUUCACAUGGGAUCGCAUCUCCUUAAGACCCUAAUAUCAUGGCAACCCGAAAGCUCCCUGCUCUGAGAUCAGCUCUCAGAUCAACCAGAGUAGGCUCCUCAGUAUCGUUCGCUCAGGCAAGAUGUCCAUCUCAAUUGAUUCAUCAUACAUUCUCUACGACGCAUAGCCCUGCCAAUGCUUCCAAAGAAACUACAGACUCGCAAGUAAAAUCCGCACAUGAAGAAGACUCCCCUUCCUCGACUUCUUCUUCCACCCCAUCUCAGUCUACUUCUUCUUCGCCGUCAGCGAGUUUGGCCAGCGAUAUUCCAGCCCCGGCAGAUUGGGAAGAAAAUCCAAAUUACAACAUCGAAAAAUUCUCAGAACUACCUCAUUCUAAUUUCGGGGUCAAUCAGCACAUGGUAAUCAACGAUGAGUUCAAAGAAGCUUUGAGACAAAUUCUAUGGCAAUUCAGAGCCCCUAUUAGGUACGCAUUUGCGUAUGGAUCCGGCGUCUUCCCUCAAUCGAAACAUACGAAAGCGAAACCUUCAAGCAUUACAUCCAUCCAUUCGAAACCGCCCCCAGCAAUCGUUGAACAACAAGGAGGCACUCCUAAGAUGAUUGAUUUUAUAUUUGGUGUAUCCUACAGUCAGCAUUGGCAUUCCCUGAACUUGAAUCAACAUCGAGAUCAUUACUCGGCGCUCGGCUCCCUUGGAUCUGGGGCUGUUACUGCUGUGCAAGAAAAAUGGGGAGCUGGUGUCUACUUCAACCCAUACGUGACAGUCAAUGGCACUCUUAUUAAAUAUGGUGUCGUUAAUCUGGAUACAUUGUGCACAGAUCUUUCUGAGUGGUCAACACUAUAUCUUGCAGGGAGGUUACAGAAGCCUGUCAAAAUUCUCCGGGACGAUGCAAGAGUCCGUCUUGCAAACCAGGUCAAUUUGAUUUCUGCGUUACGAACAGCAUUGUUGCUUUUGCCUCCUGAAUUUACCGAACAUGAAUUGUAUGGCACCAUUGCAAACAUUAGUUACUUGGGCGAUCCAAGAAUGGUUUUACCGACAGAGGAUCCUUCAAAAGUCGCCAAUAUUGUUGGGAAUAACCUUCCCCACUUCCGUCGUCUCUAUGCGCCUCUCAUUGACAACCUUCCCAAUGUCGGCUUUAACGAUUCUAAGUGCUCAAAUCCAGAAUGGGCAUCUGAUCCAUCAACAAACAUACGCUUAACUCAAGAUAUGGACCCAGUUCGACGGGGCAACAUGGUGAGACGCCUGCCAAAAGCAUUCCGAUCGAAGCUCUACUUCCAAUAUCAGAAGAAAUACCAAAUACCUCGACUAGAAUUCGAUCAAAUGAUUGAGGCUUCGCGUGAUGAAGACGGGACCAGAAUCAAUAGGAGAGAAGGAGGUGGCUUUGAAAGGAGGAUUGCCCGAGAACCUCCAGAAGACCUAAGAUCCGAAGUCCGAAGUGUAAUCAAAAACACGAUUGGGUGGCCUAGCACGAGCCAGAGUUUAAAAGGACCCUUCACAGCUGGAUUCGGUCGAACUUGGCGGUAUCUGAGUGAAAAGAUGGCGAAGCACUCGGAAGGGAAAAAGAAAUUGGAGGAAGCCAAGGAAAAGAAACAAGAUUGAGCAUAAUGCCAAGACGUUUUGAUGAUGACACGAUUAAACGGUGAGCUGUAUGCUGUGAUGUGCGCUGUAAAUAGACCGAGUCUGUCUCUUAGACUCAUUACACGGCUCCUAGUAAAGGAUUUGUUGGAAAUCCGGGCUGUUGAACACUUUUUACUUUGGCGGGCGGCUAUACAUGUAUACAUGCGUUUCAAGCAUUUUGGAGCUGCUAGAGGGGAAUUGGAUGGUUAAAGGUUUGUGGUGUUACUUGUAUGCUUUGCAUGAGAAAUCAAGGCUUUGAGAAAUGGACAUUACUAUAUUAGCAAAAGUUCUCCUAUGCCUCCUCAGUGUGUCAAUUUUUCUCAAUAUAUCGAGCCUCUUUGUAUAAUACUCUACUCGCCGUCGUUGCACUUUUAUGUUUGAAUCGAUUACAAUUGGCUUGGCGCUCUCAGCCUCGAAUUUCAUCCCAUCCGGCUAGGCCUGAUCA